GUCUGAUGAUAUGUUUUUUCAUCUCUUCUCUUUACUCGUUUCUUUUGCAAGGUAAAAUUAUAACACUUCAUUAUUAACACUUCAUUCAUUUGAUUCUCCCAAAAACAAAGGUAAAAUUAUGUUAACACUUUGGGCUCGUUUGGUUGUUUACUCAUUAAAACUUUACAUGCAAUCACUUUGCAUGUAAAGUGUAGGACUCUAAUCAGUUUACGUGUAAAUUAAAAAUACACCGUUUGGCUAUCUAUGUAAUCUAUUAUUAAAUUACACGCAAACUCUUUAAAAUGUUUGUUUGGAAAAUAAUAAAAUAAUCCGCAUUAACAAACGGAUCAUAUACAUAGCCGAUUGCUGCUAGUUGAUGCUAGUUGCUUACAAUCUGCUUUUAUGCUUACAUUCUCAAUCACACAAAUGUAUUAAGAUAGCAAGUUCUACAAACCUUUCUACUGAUAUUCUCAAGCAGCAUGCGGUGAAUUACGUAGUUUAAAAAAAAUUGAAAAACAAGGUAGAGAUCAGAUCCAACAUGGAAUCAUGGUGAUAAAUUUAAAAAAAAAAAAACAGAAGCUGGCUUAGCUCUUCAAUUAUUCGAAGGAGCAGAUCGAGUAGGGCAACACAGAUCAGCAAGAUAGGCAGGCAAAGUGUUUACUUUACGUCAUACCAAACAGGCCCUUUACUUCCCUUCCCUCCAGAGACCUCACUCUCCACAGGAACUCUUACACCAUUUCGUUCCCCCAUAGAAAUUCAUCAGUUCAGAAUUUGAUGAUUCGAUCUACUUCAUCGAAGUGUAGUCAAACUUCUCAACUUUCUCCAUUGAGUUCGGCCAUAAGCGCAGGCAUUUCAUAGCAGAAUCAAUCUACUUCAUCUAAGUUUAGUCAAAUUUCUCAGCUCUUUCCCUUGAGUUCGGCCAUGAGCGCAAGCAUUUCAUAGCAGGCAAGUGUGCAUGUGCGGUCUCAUUUCAACCAAGUCUGAUGUGAUGAACUCUAUUACAAUGAAAAUACUACGUAUAAAAGACUACUCAUCAUUUCCAUGGAAGAAAAGUUGAGAGCAUGCACACGCACCAAUAGAAGCUUCAUGCUCAAAGCUACCAAGCUUAUUGUUCUAUACAGCAGGAGAACAUAUCGCAGAUUCAUUUCCAUUGGAGGAUCAAUCCCAGUUGUAACCAGUCCAGCUCCUACUCAAGAAAAUAUAACUCGCCUAAUACUUGAUCAAAAGUCUGUUUCUGAAGCUCUCCAAACUUUCAGAUGGGCAUCUGAUAUACCGCAUUUCACUCACUCUCGAUCCACAUUCCGAGCUUUGAUUCACAAGUUAUGUCUUUUCCGGCGUUUCGACAUUGCCUAUCAACUGCUAGACGAAAUGCGCACCUCAGCUUGUAUAACCCCGGAUGAAGGCAUUUUCAUUACUUUUGUCCGCGGUCUUGGCAGGGCUAGAAUGAUGAAGGAGGUGAUCCAAAUACCAGAAUUGGCAUCCAAGUUUGAUCUGAACCCUAGUCUAAAGCUCAUGAAUACUAUUCUUGAUGUUUUAGUUAAGGAAGAUAUUGAUAUUGCCAGAGAGUUUUACAGGAAGAAAAUGAUGGGAUGCAAUGGUGUACAAGGAGAUGAUUACACCUAUGCGAUUCUUAUGAAAGGGCUAUGCGCCACUAACAGAAUCCAAGAUGGAUUCAAGCUUCUGCAAGUGUUGAAGAGUUGGGACACAAAACCGAACAUUGUGAUCUACAACACACUGAUGCAUGCCCUUUGCAAGAAUGGGAAGGUUGGUAGAGCAAGGAGUUUGAUGAGGGAAAUAUCUGAACCUAAUAAUGUCACUUUCAAUAUCUUGAUUUCUGCUUACUGUAAAGACGAUAAUUUAGUGAACGCACUGGUGAUGCUGGAGAAAAGCUUCAACAAAGGGUUUGUUCCUGACGUUAUAACAAUGACUAAGAUAGUUGAAAUUCUAUGUAAGAAAGGGCGUCUGUCUGAGGCUGUUGAGAUCCUAGAAAGAGUAGAGGGGAAGGAAGGGGCGAUUGAUGUUUUGGCUUAUAAUACAUUGAUCAAAGGCUAUUGCAGGUCAGGGAAGGUCAAAAUCGGGCUUCGCCUUUUGCAUGAGAUGGAGAAGAAAGGAUGCCUACCAAAUGCAGACACAUAUAAUGCAUUGAUAUCUGGUUUAUGUGAGUGUUCUAUGUAUGACAUGGCCCUUGAUAUUUUUAAUGAAAUGAAAAUGGUUGGGUUAAAGUGGAAUGCUGCCACUUAUGAUGCUUUAAUUCAUGGGCUUUGCUUUGGUGGGAGGAUUCAAGAUGGGUUCAAUAUCUUAGCUUUAAUGGAGGAUAACAAAAUGGAGGGUCACAUAAGGCCUUAUAAUGGAAUCAUCUAUGGCCUAUAUAAGGAAAACCGUUUGGAUGAAGCGUUAGGAUUCUUGAGGAAGAUGGAGAAUACUUUUCCACGUCUAGUAGAUAGGAGCCUGAGAAUUCUUAAGUUAUGCGAAGACGGAUGUGUUGAUGAAGCGAAAAACACUUACAUUCAGAUGAUCGAAGAAGGUAGGGUUCCGUGUGCUCUGGUUUAUGCCAACCUAAUCCAUGUGUUUUGUGUGAAAGAACGGUUAAGGGAAGCGACUCAGGUAAUGAAUGAGAUGGUGAGGCACGGGUAUUUGCCCAUUGCUUCAACUUUCAACGCUCUAAUCAAAGGGCUUUGCAGGAAGGGUAAAACUGGGAAUGCCUUGAAAUUUAUGGAGGAUAUUGUGAGUAGAGGUUUCUUUCCUGAUAUAGAAAGCUAUAGUCUGUUUCUUGAAGCCCUUUGCAGCAAAGGAGAGUUCCACAAUGCGUUCAUCGUCUUUCUACAAAUGGUGGAAAAGGGUAUUAUUCCAAACUCUUCUUCAUGGAAUAUGUUACUUCAAUGUUUGCAUGAAGAACACCAUAGUAUGUGCCGCGUGGGUAACCACCAACUCUGUUCCAUUAUAGAGGCUUAAUCAUUUUUUAAGUUUUGCCAAAAGGGAAAACUUAAUGUAUAUAUGUAUUAUCUCUAUACAUAAAUGCACCACAUCUCAAAAUUUUCCAUUUCCCCACCCAUUGCAUCUUUAAUUAGGGCCGUCCGUUCAAAUCACCCGCAACUUCCUUUCCUUUGUAACUUCAUUUGAUAAACCAUUAUUUGUUUUGUUUAUAUCCAUCUGGUUGAAGAUGGCAUUUUAGAUGAUGGGUAAUAUAUAGGAGUAUUUUGUUUUUAGAAUAAGAAAAGUGGAGUGCACUUGCAAAAAUUAUACAUAAAAUCCAAGGGUGUGAAAUCCCAAGAAUAAGGUAAUCAAGUCCAACAAGUGUUCUUUGAGAGGGGAAGGAAGUGAGAAUGUUGUAUUAGAGUUGCAAAAAGGGCUUGAUUACCGGCCCGGUACUAGUACCGGGUUAGUGAGAAGGGUCACACUUCUUAAUAAUUGUGCCACCUCAUUAUUUCUCAAUGUUAAUGAAACAGAGAUUGUAUAUGGCUUCUU